GCGCCGUUAGGGUAGGGUACCAAGUGAUCACUUCGGCGGCGGCGGCGGCGGCGAAGGAGGAGAUGACGCGGCUAACUGUGGAGCAGGCGGCGCGCGAGGCGGGCUCGGACGGGAGCGGCGCUACGGCCCUCAACCUCUCCCACCGCGCGCUCUCCGACGUGUCGUGCCUGAGCAGCUUCAACAAGCUGGAGCGCCUUGACCUCGGCUACAACUGCCUCGUCGCCCUCGAGGGCUUAUCAUCUUGUGCCAACCUGAAGUGGCUUUCAGUUAUCGAAAACAAGCUUGUGAGCUUGAAAGGCGUUGAAGGACUCUCAAAGCUGCAAGUGCUGAAUGCUGGCAAGAACAAACUUACAAAAAUGGAUGAGGUCGCAUCCUUAACAAGCUUGGGAGCAUUGAUUCUGAAUGAUAACAAUAUUUCUUCCAUCUGCAAGCUUGAUCGGCUGCAACAGUUGAAUACACUUGUUCUCUCUAAGAAUCCUGUUUUUACCAUCGGCAAUGCUCUGGCCAAGGCUAAGUCUAUGAAAAAGCUAUCCUUGUCUCACUGCCAAAUAGAAAAUGUUGGAUCUUCUCUUGCCGCGUGCGUGGAAUUGAAGGAACUCAGGCUUUCCCACAACAAGAUCACUACAAUCCCUUCGGAUUUGGCAAAAAAUGUGAAGAUCCUGAACCUUGAUUUAGGGAAUAACUUGAUUGAGAGGAGUUCAGAUCUGAAGGUACUCUCUGAAUUGCACUACUUGAGGAACCUUAAUUUGCAGGGAAAUCCUAUUUCUGAGAAAGACAGUCUUGUCAAAAAGGUAAAGAAAUUUGUGCCAACCUUGAGAAUCUUGAAUGCAAAGCCCCUAGAGGCCAACUCCAAGAGUGAUAAGAGCUAUGGAAAAGAUAAUCUUCCAAGCAAAUAUGAUCCAGUUGAGAUUGAUAGAAAAAAGGAUAAAAGGCAGCAGUCGAAACAACAUCUAAAGGGCCCUGAAGAGCCUGAAGUUCUGGAUGGCAAGGAAAGGAAAAAGGACAGGAAGGAAGCAAAGAAGUCUGAAGUGGAAGAACCUACCAAUGACCGCAAAUCAAAGAGGAAGGAUGAUGUAGAUCAUACUGGUAGAAAGGAUAAGACGGAUGCCAAGAGGAAGAAAUUUGUUGAUGAAGAAGAUAUAGAUGCUGAAGGAAUCGAUAAUACUGAAAUCUCAUUUGCUGAUUUAGUGUUUUCCAAACAGAACAAUUCAGAGCCCAAACUAAAGGACAGUUCAGCCCAGGGAGUAGCUCCAGAUGGGAAGUUUGAAGAAUUGGUAAUUGAUCACACAAAGAAGAGAAAGAAGUCAAAAGGGGCAGUCACCAUCACCGAUUCCUUGGUUCUUAAGAUGAUAUCCUCUGUUCCAGAGGUGGGUUCGGGCGGACUCGGUCUGUCAGGAUGGGAUGAUUAGUGCCUAGUAAUAUGUUUUACAGUGAUCAGUAGUGUUUAAACUGUUUAUUGUUUUUUUUUUGUAGCAUCACCUUGCAAGUAGAUUUAUUUGGCGACAUUUGUUUGCCAUAUGUUGUGGUUGAGAAUGAAGCGAUGGUUAAAACCUCAAUUUUAAUGUGAAAUCAGCAGCAUGCUUUCUUUUCCAUUAA